CAAAAGGAGAAGGAAACAAGGAAGAGAAGGGUCUUGGGGUGGUCAGAUUGGCAGACACCGAAAAUCUAUAUCCCGCCGCCGUCCACGCGCCGCCGCCGCCGCCGACGACAACCUCACCGCACGGUUAUCCUGCCCACUUGCUCGAUCCGCACGGUACACCGGACCAAUAACGGCACUAGUUAGAAACGGAAUAAAGGGAUCGGAAUAAAUUCAGCAGUGAGCCGACGAACGAACGCAGGAAAGGCAACAUGACCACCUCGCAAAGCACAGGGAUAACCCCAGCCUCGUCGGAAAGUCUCGAAUCCGACCUCCUCGCGCACCUGGCCUCCACCACGGCGCUUGAUGACCUUCACGCGACCCUCCUCUGCUCUCUGCAGCGCAUGGGCUGGACGGAAAAGGUUCGGAAACUAUCGCAGGAGCUCCUGCGCGGCGGCCGAUGCGAGCGAUUUGAUGAUGUGGUUGAGGCCGUGGUUGCGUCCGCGGAGGGACGCAAACACCCAGUACUAGCAGGCUUGGACAAUGUGAACGAGGAGGACAAGAAUAGUAACGGCGAUGCGGACGGCUACUUUGAGAAAGUGGAUGUGCGGAUCCCGGAGGCGGUGGUCGAGCAAGGUGUGAGGGCAAUCAAAGAGGUAUUGCGCGAGGUGGUGGUACUCGAUGAUGAUUCAGAUCUGUUAGAACAUCAUGAUUCGCGCCAUAGCACUGUGGAUGGGAAGCCGGAGGGCGGCGGUGAAACGAAGACUAAACCAUCCAAGUCGUCGAAGACAGGGGACCAGUCACUAAAAAAUGGUGAUACAAGCCCUGUUAAGAAGACGGAUAAGAAGCCGAAGCCUGGAAAACAGGUAAAGUGAACUCGGGCGUCACAUCUGUUUUGUCGUUUUUCUUUUUUCUUUUGGUCUUUGUC